CGCGAGUAUCGUCUCGGCAACAGCUUUCUGAAGUGUGCACGUCCGUAGCUGCAGCUUACGGUAACCCCACCAAGGAAAUCGGGUACAAGUACCGCGGGGGGUUGUCGCAACAGAAAGGCUGACUUUUCUCUCCGUUUCGUGUCCUGCCCCGGUACUUUCCCAUCUGGGCAGUAGCGAAGGCUUGUUCGCACUCUUGAAACGCCACCGUCAAGCCGCCGAAAUUAUUUCCAGCUUCUCUUCACCGUUCCUUUGUCUCCUCCAUUGGCGCAUUUUUGCUUGUCGAUUCCCUUUGCUGUGUUGGAGAACGGCCGCCUGCUGUUGUCGGCGUCUGCUGUCUGGGUUUCUUCCACAAACAGCGAAGCCUUGACGACUCUCUCUGUCACGCAUACACGGAGUUUUCCUUCCAGUAGAUACACGGGACGGACGGGUUUCUGUCGAAACAGUGUGCUCGCAGUGUGUGGCUUGAGGACGCGAGAUUCCGCCGUGUGCGAAAAUCGCAGAGUUGUCCGGUACUCACUUUUUCUCCAGAAGCUCCUUGUCCACUUCUGAAUUGUUUUUCGCUUGUCCUAAAGUAACAACCUUGACAACGUAGGCAGACGUCGAGGUCUGCGUGUUAAGUCUUUGCACAGACAGGCAUGGCUUUUAAGACCCCUGUUUUUCUUCGUGGACAGACACGUCCGACUUCGGCGGUUUUGCUCGGAAGGUCCUAGCUCAAAAUCUUCUCCUCCGCAGUUCUGUCUCGGUUUCCAAUUGGAUGUAGACACUCUAACGAAACCGACGGCUCCUACCUUUGUCAGCUCUCUCCCGAGAAGACAGAGCCUCCCACCUUCCGAUUGUCGCAUUCCGGUGGGCUUCCAUUACCACGCUUUCGUCGCUCGCGUUUCAGAGGCACCAGGCACACAAACAGGGAAAAUAAGCGGCAAACGGCGACGGAGCUGCGCCACUCUGCGUUGGAAUCCACUUCAUAAACGCAGUUGCUCUUUCCCGACAGAUCUAGCUCCUCCACGAGGGAUCCCCGGUUCCAUCGAAUUCAUCGCGCACCAUGGCCGUCGCUCCACCCGACCCCCAGCAACUUUGCCAAGUGUUGGAGGGGACCUACUCUCAAAAUGAGGAGGUUCGAAGGACAUCAGAGCAAUACCUUCAGACGAUUUCUCCGUCCCCAGGGCUGCUGGCGGCGCUACUGAAAAUUGUCCAGCAUGACCAGAUCGAUGUGGGCGUCCGAACCUCGGCGGCAGUGAUGCUGAAGAACGAGGUGAAGAAGCACUGGGAUUGUCCGGGAGCGGGGCUGGAUGAGAACGAAGAGGACGCCAGCAGCGCUCGCAAGAAGGAAGAGUUUUACUCUGGGGAAGAGAAAACGUUCAUCAAAGACAACAUCUACCAAGCUCUCAUUCAAGUUUGCCCAGUCUCCCAGCCUGUCUCUCAACAGCUGCUCGAGUGCAUUCGACUCAUCGCUCUUCAUGACUAUCCAUCGAGCUGGCCGCUGCUGCUGCCUGCAGUGCGGAGCGACAUCGCGGCGCGCCAAGACUCGAGUCGCCUCAUGUGCGCGCUGUCUGUCCUGCGGAGACUCUGCGGAAUUUAUGAAUUCAAACGCACCGACAAAGAGGCUCUGGACUCGAUCAUUGAACAGACCUGGCCGCUGCUGCUGCCGGCUGCGGCACAGCUGCUGAACGAGGGCGGCUUGAGCAACUCGGACGCCAUGCAGAUGCUCAAGCUGAUUUGUAAAGUCUACUGGAGUUCGACUCAAGUCUGUCUCGCCUCCUCCGGCCUCGUUGUCUCCACCAUGGACGACUGGAUGGAGCUCAUGGAACAGAUUCUCGUCCGACCCGUGCCUGCGGAAAUGCUGUCGGGGCUGGAGCCGGGAGAACGCUGCGAACUCCCAGUGUUCAAGGUGAAGAAGUGGGCUCUGCAGAUCAUUCAGCGCGCGUUUUCUCGCUUCGGCGACCAGAAGUUGCUGAGUCGUUCGCGGUCGAAGGACAACGACGUUGCACAUGCGUUCGGACGGAACUUCGCCAUGCAGUGGGCGCCGCGCUUCACAGAAAAGAUUCUGCUGCUGCUUCGGCAGCGGCAGGAGCGGCCCGAACAAGUCCAGUUCUGGCUCACGCCUCGAAUGGUCAAUCUAAUGCUGCAGUUUCUUCUCCUCGCCACAGAGGCCGCGAAAAUCUACUCCGCCCUGCUGAAGCCCAGCGGCGAGUUCCUCGUCUCUCAAGUCUGCGUCCCCCUGCUGCAGUUCAACGAAGAAGACGACGAACUCUGGCAGUCGGAGCCGGUGGAGUUCGUGCGCCGACAAAGCGACGCUCUCGAAAGCUUCUCGGACCCUAGGGAAGCGGCUUGCGAGUUCAUCAAGGCCCUGGUGCGCUAUCGCGGCCGCGACUUCCUGGAGCCGCUCUAUCUGUUGACUCAUCGAUUGGUGGAGGAGUUUCGCACCCUUUCUCAGCAAGCGUCUGCGGCGAACCAGCCGUUGUCGGUGGUUGCGUUUCAGAAAAAAGACGCGGCUCUGCGGCUGGCAUGUUGCAUCUCGGAUCGCCUGCUGUCUAAGAAGCGCCAGGCGCCAGUCGAGGAGUUUCUGACGCAUUUUGUGUUGCCGGACCUCCAGAGUCCGAACAAGUUCCUACGCAUGCGAGCAUGCGUAGUCUUCGAAGAGUUUGUGCCUAAACUGUCUGCGUGGAAGAACCCCACGGCGCUCGUUGAGGCGUACAAGGGCAUCGUGCUCCUCACCCAAGACGCGGAGCUCCCAGUUCGAGUUCAGGCUGCGAUCUCCGCGAAAGUCUUCUUCAGCGUCGAAGUGGAGGAGCUGCAGCAGGUGGUUGUCGCGAAUCUCGAGGGGUUGACCAAGCAGCUCUUCGCGGUCAUGAAGGAUAUCGACAACGAGCAAGUCGUCGCCACCAUCGAGCAACUCAUUUCUUCACACGAAGCACACAUCGCGCCGUACGCCAAGGACCUCACGCAGGCCCUCAGCACUACCCUCUUGGAAAUGCUCGACCGAGAAGGAGCUGCUGAGCAAGCCGGCGAUGACAGCGCUGAGGAAGACGCCGCCUUCGCUUCCAUGACGGUCCUCAGUGCCCUCAAAAACGUCCUGGCUUCCGUGACCGAGACGCCUGCACUGUACUCUGAGUUUUUGUCGGAUCUGUAUCCGGUCUUCGACGCCUUGUUUGCGCCGGACGCGAUCAACUUGCUGGACGAUGCGAUUGAGAUUCUGGCGUUCAUCACUUACUACAUUCCCGCGCCUUUCCCUGCUCCUCUCUGGCGCUACUUCGACGCUCUUCACCAAGCUGUGUGUGGGGGCUCUACGCCUUCGAGACCCCUCAGUGAGGCCCUGCAGAACGGCUGGGCGGUGGAUUCUGUCGGAGACAUGAUCGCGCCUCUUUCGAACUUCAUGUGCCGCGCGCAUGCGCAGUUCGUCAGUGGACGAAACGAACUAGGCGUCUCCUACAAGGCAUGCGUUCUGCAGGUCGCCAAGAAGUGCAUUGAAGACCUCGACUCCACCGACGCAUGUCUCGGUCUUCAACUUCUCUGUCUCUUACUGGAAAGUUGCGCAACGCAGCAGACAGCUGACGACAUUCUCCUCCCUGCUUUCCAGUCUGUUUGGGGCUGGGUACUGAAGUUGAACGCGGAGAACGGCCAGGAGAUCGACAAGCGCACUCGGCAAAUGUUCAUCAAAUUCGUUCUCACUCUCAUGGUCUACGACGUUCGCAAGUUCUUCCUUCUUCUCGAAGAACAAGGCGCGACGGGGCCGGUUCUCAACUUCGUCCUCGAAAAUGUGACUCUUAUCAAAACGUACGAGCAGAAGAAAGUCUUUAUUUUGGGGUGCUCGCGGCUUGUUCAGGAGUUUGCGGCAGCGCCGGCGUCGUUCCCAGCAUGCGUUGCAGAGCGAGUAGAGGUUAUCUUUAAAGUGCUCGCCACGCAAGUCACUGAGCAGGCACAGCUGAAGCAGAAGUUGAAGGAGGAGGAAGAGAACAGCGACUUCGACACAGAUUCGGAUGGAGACUCCGAGCAAGACCUCGACGAAACGGAAGACGCAGGGCUGCACCCGAAAGCCAAAGAAAUCCUCGAGAAACUCGACAACGCCAAGUGGGGUGACGACGAGGACGACGACGACGAUGACUGGGACGAAAUGUGUGACUCGAGCUGCGAUGAGAGCGGCGGGCUUCAAUCUUCGCCUCUUGCUGAAGUCGACGAGUUCAAGAAUCUUCGAGAAGUUUUGGCGGCACUUCCACCGGCAUCUCAGGCGCAGAUUUCCUCCUGGCUGGGUCCCGUUCAGCUGGCCAAACUGAACGAAGUUCUCACUGAGGCGCCGCCCGCCCUCACGGCUGCUUCGGCCGCCUCGUGCUAAGCCGAAAAGCUCCCAGCGCGUGAGGAGGCAGCCGUCGGGUCAUUUGCCUCUUUCCACGUCUGCACUCUUCGUCGUCCGAGGCCAUGUUUUACUGGAGGAGGCGGGGGCAGGUAGCCUUCCGCGCCAGCAAGUGGAUUCAGGCGGCCAGACAGCAAGCGGUUGGAAUCGAUAUGGAGGUGCUGUCCUAAUUUAGACAGCAAGCGGUUGAGAAUUUUUUACUGCACCUGACCGUUUCGCGGCACUUGAGAAGCGAGAGAGGGACACUGCCGAAGAUGGCUCCCUUUAGGCAACGUGAGUGCCAAAAGGCACCAAAACAUUGCAGGGCAUCGAGCUGCGAAACGCAGCGAGAAACACGCUAAAACGCUAAACGGCGCGAUACACGUUGCUGCCUCUCCAGAUAAAGGGUCUGUAGUAAGCACUCGUGACAAGAACCGCAGCGUUCGGAAGUCACUAAGAAUGUCACGCCGUCCGACAUAACUGAGUCACACUGAAUUUGCUUCCCCUUGAUUCGAGAACGGACUGGACGUGAAGACUGGCUGAGCAGCAAUCAAGAAGCGCCAGGCUCCUCACGUCGCGAAAAUACCCUCGGACCGUUCUGACCACUUUACAGUCAGGACUUGAAACACAUGUCUUACGAGCACGGAGCACGACGCUCGCAGCGAAAAAAAUCCGCGACACUCAGGGAGACAAACCCUGGCAAGACACUGAGGGGAAGUUUCCCAUUGAGCACUGACAAUAUUGAGAGUCGGUACUGCGCCGUCUCUUGUCAAAGAGGAGGAGCACUGCGGAGAGAGUCACUCCCGCUCACCUCGAGGUCAGCAGUCGGGCUUCCACGUUUGUCAGCAUUUGUAAUCGUAUGUUUCACUGCCUGUGGGUGCACGUGUCGCGUGCUGAGCGGCAUCUUGUACAGACAAAUGUGCACAGUUUCCUCUCCGAUGCGAACUGCGCAGUCUUGAGGUGAUAUGGAGCGUGAGUUGACUAAAGCAGGAAAGUGACGCCAUUAUGGACUGCUUUCCGGUGGGCGUGUGCGCCUGCGAAAGUGACAGUUGGAUUUCGCUACCGGCGGUUCUUUGAUUCGCUUUUUUACCGGUCGGGGUUCGAGCAGCGCUAAUUAACCGACAAUCUUGGCGUUUGUGUAUAUUUUUCCUGGUGCGGUGAAACAACUGAACCUACGUCCAUUCUUGUCAGCGGGACCAAGCGCGCCCCGUCUUAGGUGCAGAAAGUGGAACCGGAAGGACUGUCGAGAGUCAGGAUAUUUUCGGGGUUCCCCGUCAACGCGACAACCGUGAUUCCAGCCCGAAUCGAAAGGUGGAUGUCCCUUUUCCAAAAUCAAAACGCAUUUGUCUACACCUCGCGAAGGUGGACCCGUCUCCGUGUCUCGUUUCAUUUCUCAAAAUCGUACCUCGUCGCUGUCGAGCACAUAAUAUGCUGAUCGGAGCGUAGCCCGUUGUUCCACACAUUUCCACCUCGCGGAUCACCCAGUGAAAGAAAUCGGUUGCUGGAAAUGGCAAACUUCGCUGAGGUGCAGGCACGGUUGGAUUUUCGUGUGCCACAGUUUUCAACGACAUGGGGC